GUGGUUGUUGUCGAAUUUACGUGUUAGUUUCUGGACAAGGAAAAAAGAUGGCUGCCAACAAUGACAUGCAAGUUACGUCUGCCGAAUUGAAAGACAAUUUUAUGCGUUUUGCAAACUCAGCAUUACGGACAAGUAAAACUGCUUUCAAUAGAGCAAGACAGCUUACAGAAGAGAGAUUUGGUAAUGCAGAAAGAACAGAGCUAGAUGCACAGUUUGAGUACCUGUGCAAGCGAGCAGACACAACAAAGCAGGCAACUGAGAAGCUUGUUGCAAAUACAGCUGCCCUGUUAAAGCCUAACCCAGGUGCAAGACUUGAAGACUUUGUUUUCGAGAAACUCGACAAACAGUCUCCAUUGAGGCCAACAAAUUCAUUUCUUCUUGGCCAGUCAAUGUCAUCUGCAGGAAGAGAGAUUGGCGCUGAUAGUGAUUAUGGAAAUUCCCUUAAUAAAACUGGAACAGCACUAAAAAAGAUCGGAAAUGCAGAAAAGGACUUUAUGCAGAAGACAAUCUCACAUUACAUUCAUCCACUGAAAACAUUUCUUGAUAAUGACAUGAAAACUCUUGCAAAAGAAAGACGAGCAUUAGACAUCGCCAGAAUUGAUCUUGAUGCUGCAAGAAAUAAAGUUAAGAGAGCACAAUCACCAAUAAGACUGAGAGAGGCCGAAGGACAAUUCCGAGUGGCACAAGCAGAUUUUGACAGGCAAUAUGAAAUAACAAAGCUUCUUCUUGAUGGCAUCAAUUCCACUCAUAGCAACCACCUGAGAAACCUUGGCUCCUUCGUUGAGGCCCUUGGCAUGUAUCAUGCUCAGUGUCAGCAAUAUGUGUCAGAAUUACAAAAGGACCUGCAAGGCUUAACAAGAAGCGCUCCACCAUCAGCUCCUCCACAAAGGCCAGAGGCUCCUCCGCUAAAACAGCCUGAAAUGCAGCAGCCAACGCAGCGAAAAGCCAGAGUUCUUUAUGACUACGACGCUGCGGAUUUAACUGAGCUGUCUUUGCUAGCUGAUGAGGUUGUCGUUGUGUACUCUGUUGAAGGGAUGGAUUCUGAUUGGAUGAUGGCAGAGCGUGGAUCGCAGAAAGGCAAAGUUCCUUUAACCUAUCUUGAACUUAUGUAAAAGUUCUUUGCUAGAAUGGUACCAAGACAUUCACAAUAUUACCUUGCUGUGCAUCAUUUCUGGUAAGUGCUGGACCAAUGACAGCUGGAUAUGGUUGUUUUUCUUCUUGGGUCAACUACGAUUUCGGAACCGAGAAGAUAUUUAAUGCACUUAAUAAUUCACAAUUCUAAUUUUUUUCUUAUUCAAAAUAAAUUGGUCGCUGAUGGACAGUUCAGAAGCCUUUAGGACAGUAUGACUGUCAAAUAUAUUUCCCACAUUUCAGUAGCUUAUGUGGUGCUGUAAUUUCAACCGUGAAUUUAUGUUUGAAUCGUACAUUCUUUGCAGGAUGAAA